AUGUCGUUCCUACAUCAAAAAUCAUGUGAGUGUGUCAAAACCGAGCUGGAUUUAUUCUCCUUACCACCUACGCAGACGAGUAUUGAAAGUGGCAAAUGGGUCCAGUACAAACCAAUAUCCACAUUGACCGAUGAUGCGCCAAUAGAGUUUGUAGUUCCGGGUAAUGGUGAUGAAUACACUGACCUUUCACAAACAAUGAUACAAUUGACCGCGUCUAUUGUUAAAUCUAACGGAACUGCGGUCACUACUGACGAAGAGGCGAAAACAGUUGGGCCGGUCAAUAACUGGUUACACUCACUAUUCAGUCAAGUUGAUAUGUUUAUGAAUCAAAAACUUGUUACUCCCCAAAACAACACAUACGCAUAUCGAGCGUAUGUUGAAACGUUAAUGAACUAUGGAUACGAUGCUAGAAAAUCACAUCUAACAUGCAGUCUUUGGUACACUGACGAUGGAAUUGACAUGAACGAUUGUGCGGAAGAAAAUGAAGGACUCAAAGCGAGACGGGAACUAACUAAUAAAAGCCGUGAGAUUGAUAUGCUCGGACAUUUGCAUGUGGAUAUUUGCAAUCAGAAUAAGUUCAUGCUAAAUGGCGUAGAGUUGAGAUUUAAAUUUAUUCGAUCAAAAGAUGCUUUCUCCAUUAUGGCCAGUGCUGGUGAAUUCAAGGUACAUAUUGUCGAUAUUAGUCUCUGGAUUCGAAGAUGCAAAAUAAGUCCCACCGCACUGUUGGCGCACAGUAAAACACUCCAGACUGGUACGGCAAAAUAUCCAAUCACACGAGUGGAGCUGAAAACAUUCACACUACCCUCUGGAAUACGUAACAAGACUUUGGACAAUAUGUUUCUCGGCAAGUGCCGAAACGCGUCAUAG